UGUGAGAAUCACCGAAGUGAUCAGUGUAUUUGCGCAGACUCGUGUAAUAUGGCUGUGAGUCAAAAUAAUGUCGGGCAUUACAAGAGAUGCUGACAUCGAUCGAUAUAUAGAAUGUGACGUAAAUGAAUAUGUCGGUACGUUCGCUGAUAAUAUACCUUUGUAAAAAUGAUCGGUUAAGUUCAGUGAAUGUGUACAGUGCACUUGGAAACACUAGAGUUGUUUUAACUCCGCCAACAGACAUGUUUUUUUGUUAAAUGUGUAACAUACACGCAGGGAGAUUGUCUUCCAUGAUACGGGUGAGUGGUCUCGAUGAUGAAUACUUCAAACGGCAAUCAGAAUAACGCAGAUCAAAUAGCAAUGGUUGUGGGCUCUCCAAGUGGAAUGUCUGGUGCUUCUGAUGACGAUGACGACAACUGCCCCUCAUCCCCUGGCUCAGUCUAUGAGGAAGGUUCCGACCUCAUGGCUGCAGCCAUGGGAGAUGAGGUCACUGCACAGCUAGCUGCAGCCGGACCAGUGGGUGUUGCAGCGGCAGCUGCCAUUGUUUCAUCUAAGAAGAGAAAAAGACCACAUUCUUUCGAAACAAACCCAUCAAUUAGGAAACGCCAACAAAAUAGGUUACUAAGAAAACUAAGGCAAACCAUUGACGAAUUUGCAACUAGGGUGGGUCAACAAGCCAUCGUACUUGUCGCCACGCCGGGUAAACCCAAUACGAGUUACAAAGUAUUCGGAGCGAAACCGCUAGAGGAUGUUAUUAAAAAUCUAAGAGGUAUGAUAAUGGACGAAUUGGAAAAUGCUUUAGCUCAUCAGGCGCCACCGCCAAUGCAAGAUGAUCCCACACUGUUCGAACUGCCGCCGUUGAUCAUCGAUGGUAUACCAACCCCGGUGGAGAAAAUGACGCAGGCACAAUUGAGGGCGUUCAUACCCUUGAUGUUGAAAUAUUCGACUGGGCGAGGUAAACCGGGAUGGGGUAGGGAGUCGACCAGACCGCCGUGGUGGCCCAAGGAGUUGCCGUGGGCCAACGUGCGGAUGGACGCGAGGAGCGAGGACGAAAAACAAAAGAUAUCAUGGACGCACGCACUGAGGCAAAUAGUCAUCAACUGCUAUAAGUUCCACGGCAGGGAAGACCUAUUACCGGCAUUCACCGAGGAGGACGAGAAGGCCAACGCCACAGCCACGGCAAAUGCAAAUAUCGCUGCCCAAUAUACUCCCACCGUUUUACAUACUAUUACGAACCCAGACGGUACUGUUAGUAUUGUACAGGUGGAUCCAAACAACCCUAUCAUUACGUUACCAGAUGGUACAACCGCACACGUUCAAGGAAUGGCUACUUUACAGUCGGGACAAGGUGACGGUACGCCUGUCCAUACCAUUCAAACUAUCACAGAAAGCGGUGCCCAAGGCGAAGUAGUGGAUCUAAACUCAGUGACUGAAGCGACGCUCAAUUCGGAAGGACAGAUAAUCUUAACGGCUGAAGAUGGACACGUGAGUGGUGUAAUCACUGUUCCUGUAACAGCUUCAAUGUAUCAAACAAUGGUGGCCAAUAUUCAACAUUUGCAUACCAACAGUGACGGAACAGUGUGUGUGACUCCAGUUGUGCAAGUUCCUAAGGUGGAACCAAACAACGGCGACAACAUGGAUACGUUAACAGUGACGCCUAGUGGAUUAGCGACUCAUUCUAUGAUGAUACAAAGUUCGGGUAAUGACCCUCCGCAAGUGUUACAAGUCCUUUCUUUAAAAGAGGCAACGGUUUUAACGAAAGCUAUGCAAAGCAUAUCUGACGUCAAAACUGAAGAGACUAUAAUCAGUGACCAAUAGACUUAACAAAGAAACAGCGAAUGCACUCGUACAAAAAAGUAUUGUAAUCUUCAACCCUCCUUUUUAUUUUAAUUAAGUUUUAAAAUCUAACAGUGCAACGUAAAUAUACAGCUCAUUCUUCUAUCACCGAUUAAUGUGGUGUAUAUUAAAUUAAUGAAAAGUUUCUUAAAAUAUACAAACUGUAUAUAGGAUGUUUACGAUUAUUGUUACUUCUUUUUACUUAUUUUUAUUACUCUUUUGAGCCAAAAAUUGACUAUUGUUUUUUAUUUUUACCAUUAGAAUUUCUUUAUAUUUUUACACAGCCCUCGCUGCAUAUAUCAAUAUUUUUUUAAUUUUAUACAAUUUUAAGUCUCAAUUUGACUGUUGUGUUUUAACUUGACAAGUAUGCAUGUAUUGUGUUCUGUUUACUAAUCUAAAUUUUAUUUAUUAAAAUAUGGCAAUUGGGAAUAUGAUUCUGUAUAACUUGUUUUACUUCACCAAUACUUGUUGAGUUAAAAUUAAAAUAUUUUAAAAAAUUAUACCAUGAAAAUAAUAAAAAGUAUGUAUAUUUUUAGAAAAAUAGAAAUUCAGUUCAACUUACAAGGUGUCCCGAGUUGAUUGAUUUUUACAACAAAAAUUAAUUAAGUUGUGACACCUUGUACAUUAAAUUUUAAGAUGACUAGCUCACAACGUAUUAUGUAAUACCUAAGACUCAUCAUAAUUCAACACAUGUGUGUAAAUUAGAUUAAGAAAAAAAAGCAACAAGCAUUUAUUUUAACUAUUGGAUUCGAAAAUCCAACUUGAAAAAACUACUGUCUAUAACAGACAACAAUGAUGUAAAAAUGCAUUCCAAAUACCACAAUCACACUUACAAUUCGUAAUUGUAUCAUUUAACAAAUUUUAACACUCAACAACAACAAAUAAUGACUUGGCUAUAGUAUUAUGUGAGGCGAAAACCAAAUUAAUAACACGUGUUAAAGAUACAAUUACAAUCAGAUAUUAUUUUGUUAAAAGUAGUGAUAAAUUGUGUAUUUUAUGUUAUUUAAAGUGGUGUAUUCCGAUUGUUUCACAGACAUGCGAAGUUCGAUGACUUUUUGUAAAAGUAGUUCAGCUUUUUAUACAAUUGAACCUUUAUUUGGAAUAUUUUUGUUCCCAAAUAAAAACGCGUACUCGUCUUUACGGACCUUAAGAUGUACUUAACUGGUCCAACUGGCCAUAGUAUUAUGACAUUAUGUGAACUACUUAUAAAAUAAUCGGUCUCGUGUGUUUAAAUUGCAACACAUCUUGUGAUUUACUUUAAAAUAUUUGCUUGUGCAUUCGUGUACAUAUUAAAGUCUGUUCUGCGCAUAGCAUUGUAAGGCAGAGCUUGGAAGUUUGGUCAGUCAUAUUGACGUAAUUAGUCGCACGUGAAUAUAUUUUUGUAUAUAAUUUAAGACUUUCCAGGUUCUUGGGACUAAGUACGACAAUACAUGACCAAAUAAUUUAGUCAAUGUUGUUUUUGUAUAUAUGUUCUUUAGCAUUUGGCCUUUCUCAUGAUCAAUUGUUAAUUAUUUCUAAUUAUUAAUAAUUGUGUAUGUUCAUGUGUGUAAGCAAAUUUUUGUGUGUGAAUAAUUUAUUUGUGCCAUUCACAUUGCGCUUUUAAUGAUAGCUCAGUAAUCUAAGAAAAUCAAACACUUGUAAUUCUAAAAAUGAGUUUUGAUAACAACCAAUUGUGUGUAACUUGAUGCUUUAUAGUAAAGUAUGCAUAUCACAACAAUUAAGUGCACUAUAAUUUAAUAUGAUCACAAACUUUUACACAUAAAAUACUUGUAAAUAUUGUCUUAUUGUAUUGACAGUUUAAAGUUUACAUACAAAUAUCAAACAUUAGCCUUAAUGGCAUUUGCCAAUUAACUUGUAUACAAAUACACAGACAGCACCGAUUUUUGGUACUUGAGUGAAUGUUUUUAUUAUAAAACACCUUAUUUGUUUAUAAAACAGUGUUUCAUUUUUAUACACAUUAAACUAAAUUUUACAAAUAGUUACCAACUAAAUAGAGUUUUCAAGUUGUGAUAUUAUUCCUAAUUGUGAUAAUGUGCAGAUAUAUUUGUAAAUAAAUAAUUGUCUUUACUGAUCAUGUAAACUAAUUAAUAGAAAACUGAUAGCGUCCAGCAUCCAUAUACUUCAAACUAAACAGUGAAUUGUAUAUACUUUACUAUAAAGUAUUGUCCAAGAAUGUGAUUGUGUUUAUAUAUUAUGUAUUGAUUUGUUACGUUGUUUUAUUUUUGUUUAAUAUUAUGGAUUUUACAAAUUUUUUUUUGUGACCAAAUUAAAAGAGAGAAUUUUCCUCAAAUUUAUAAUUUCUUUGAACUGGGAGUAACUAAAAUAGUCGAAAUCCUAAUAAAACUUUUUAUUUUAGCACAUUACGAAGCAUAAAAAUUAAGCAGCGAAUCUCUUUAAAUAUACCUCUGUAUAUAUUUAUAAAUUUUGAAUUUUCAAUGAAUAAAUGCAAUUUACAAAUGUUCAUUUAGGAUUUUACAAAUAUUGGCCUAGUCCCUGCGGAUCGACGGCAAUUUUCAGACAAAUUUAUUGACCAAAGGUUUAAUUGUAAGUAAUUAUAUUAUUUUGGGCAUACCAGAUAUACAAACCGAUUAUAAGGUGUUCAAAGAAAAUAUGACCAUGUUUUUCAUUUUUUAGUUUUCUUUGACACACUUAAUCGUUUCUUAUAGUUUACAACGGACAUUCAAAUUUGAUUUGAAUUCCAUUGAGAGGUGUUCAGGAAUUUAAAUGAUUGUGAAUUAUGAUUUUGAUUGGUAAUUAUGUUGUAGUAAACGCUUAGAAGAUUAUGAGUACUGGAAUAAUUAAAAUUUUUAGUUCAUUAUUCAAUUUUCCAUGAAUUAGUACUUAUUACUUCGUUUGCAAUUAUUUUCAGUUGACAGUACAUUUUUGGAGUAAAAUCGCAAUAUUAUUUAAGUUCUAGUUGGAAGUUAUUAUUUGAAAAUAUAAUUUAGUUGUACUAAAAUAGAGUAUUUUCAUCAUAAAUAAUGUUGUAAUAUAUACUUAGAUAGAAUUGUACAUUGUCAAUCUCUGUAAGUACUACUACUUUUUAACAAAAUAAAUAUAAUUAAAUGUGUUAAACUAGUUUUUUUCGAUGUGGUGUGAAGUUCGUUGUUGUUAUUUUCAUGGUAUGCAUGUUUUAGAAUACAAUUAUAUGGCCAAUUGUAAUAUGUAGCACAGUUUGUAAAUUAAUAGAAUUUGUUACAUUAAAGAUAUUUAUUCAUAGAA